AUGGACCACGAUGAGAUGAUCAAUGAACGGCAGCCAUCCGCUACUGACGGCAUGGCCCGUCAACAUAGGAGGAGCGUCGAAAACAAAGGACUCACAGGCGCAUCCGCCCUUACAGUCCGACAGUCGAUCUUCCCCAUCACGCUGGUGACGUUGCUGUUUUUCCUGUGGGGUUUCGCAUACGGACUACUGGACGUGCUCAACGCCAAAUUUCAGACAUCACUCAACAUCACGGCGGCCAAAGCUGGCGGGCUGCAAGGCUCUUACUUUGGCGCAUAUUUCAUCGGACCCUUGACCUACUCUGGCUGGAUUGUCCGACACUGGGGUUACCGGUGGACAUUCAUCACGGGCCUUUGCAUCUACGGCGUCGGAGCCCUCAUGUUCUGGCCCUCUGCAGUCUACAAGUCUUUCGGCGGCUUCUGUGGCAGUUUGUUCAUUGUGGGAUCGGGGCUCAGCACGUUGGAGACGUCUGCCAACCCAUUCAUCGCAACGUGCGGCCCUCCCAGGCUGUCAGAAUUCCGCCUCGAGCUCUCCCAGUCGUUCCAGGCCAUUGGCUCCGUCGUGGCUCCACUGUUGGCCUCGCGGGUGUUUUUCAAGAAUACGCAGUCGACCGACCUGUCCCACGUGCAGUGGACCUACGUGGGCAUUGCCGCGUUCGUGUUUCUGCUAGCCGUGGUCUUCUUCUUCAGCCCGAUCCCCGAAGUCACCGACGCCGACAUGGCCCUUCAAGCUGAACAAUGCGCCGACUUGACGGGGUACGAGGAGAAGCCAUUGCGGAAACAGUAUAAAUUGUUCUUCGGCGUUGCCGCCCAAUUCACCUACGUCGGAGCCCAGGUGGCAGUGGCAUCACAGUUCAUCCGCUACGCGCAAGAGUCGGCCGGUCUGACGGAGUCCCAGGCGUCAGACCGGUACGCCAUUGGUCAGUCACUAUUCGCCAUUGGUCGAUUCUCCGCGGCCGGCUUGUUCAUGUUCAUGAAGCCGAGGAUCGUGCUGAUGAUCUUCAUGACCAUGAUCAUGAUCUUCAUUGCUUGCGCCAUGGGCGUCUACGGCGAGGGCGGCGUCGCGUUGCUCUCGUUAGUACUCUAUUUCGAAUCUGCGAUCUUCCCAACCAUAUUCGUGCUUUCAAUAAGGGGUUUAGGUAAACACACGAAGCGAGGGUCUUCCUGGAUUGUCGCUAGCGUCUCUGGUGGGGCCCUGUUUCCAGCCCUAACAGGUCUAGCCGCCGACAGCAUGACUUACCACAAGGCCAUGUGUGUGCCUUUGGCCGGCUUCUUCGUCAGCUUCGUCUUCCCGAUCUACUUGAAUACUCUCUGCAGGAAAGAGCUCGAUGGGUUCCGUGAAACCAAGAUCGGAUACGUUGAUGAGAGGCGUGGUACGGUGAUCGGCGAUCUUCAUGACAUUGAGACUUUUGAGGCUAUGGAGAAGAGAAGGUCUGUCAACGUCGAGAAGGUCUAA